AUGGUUACCCAACUGAGCCACCCAGGUGCCCCAGGAGAAAAAUAUCUUAAAUGGUUUUUGCCAACAUACCUGAAAGUGACAGUUCCUCCUGGACUUUAACACUUACAAACUCUUUGCAGUGCAGCUGGUAUAAAUUACUAGGCUGAGGAAAGACAUUCCUCUGAGGGGUUAGGGAUGGUAUGGUAGAGGGAACCACCUCCAAAAGACAGAGGGAUCUAAUUCCCUGAGAAAAGCAGACCCCACAGGAGUUAUAUAGGGAUGGAGAAUAGAGUGGAAGAGCACUCUGGUUAAGAAAAACCCCACAUACAUGAACUAAAGGGAUUCCCAUACUGGAAAUGUCAUCAAGUUAGGAACUUUGUCUACACUUUCCACCACUGUAUCCCUGUCACCUGCCCCGGGUACCAACACGAAGUUAGGUACUCAGUGAAUGAAACCUGAAUGCAUGUGUUUUCCUCUAGGGUUUUGUUUCUAGUUACACUGGGAUCAAGAAACAUGUACCUGCUUCUGUCUAGUCUACCAUCACAAAUCCUGACUCUUUACCAUAAUUUUGAGGCAGAAAAUGCAGAGUGGCUUUCCAGGUGUUUCAGAAGCCAACACAAAGAAGCAAGGCCAUCGAUCAGUUAGAUCUGUGGUGACUCUGAGCUUCAAUCAGUCUGAAUUCUUGAAUGAGUGGGACAAAACCCAAGGAGAUCCUAGAUCCAGACACAGAUCUCAUAGCUUCUUGAUGUGUUUGCCUUGAUGUUAAGAACCUCCCCUUUUCAUUUUCUUUUUCAGAUCUUUUCCUAAUAACUACUGGGACAAGUUUGUCAAGAGAAAGGUAUGCCUUGUCAGUUGGUGGGGGUGGGGAGGUGGUUUCCAUGACCACCAAAGAAAUGUAGAUUUUUUUUUUAAGUUCUACAUAUACAAACAUGAAGAAAUCUGCUGUUGCUUUUAUGAUGGUAUCUUGAACAGUAAGUCACAGAAGGGUUUUUGUCUGAACAUAUGUAGGUUUUGGCUCCAUUCCUAUACUCCUCUGCCCUAAACAGCUUAACACCAUCACUACUUUCUGCAUACUAGUUUUCUUCUCCCAUCCGAAAAGGUAUUAGCUUGAGACGCGGUUUUCACUUGGUCUCUUUUGUUUCUGUUUUCUCCUGGGGCUAUUUUUUUUCCUCUUUAUUUUCCUGUUGCAUUUUGAAUCGUGUCUUCAUCAACCCCCUUGAAAGAGCCCAGAGCAUAGGGAAGCUCUGAAGACCUUGGGGCCAGAGACAGCACCGUGCUACGCGGCCCGAGCUCACUCUGUCGUCCUCUCUCUCCAGGUGAUCAACAAGUACGGAGAUCUCUACGGAGCAGAACGCAUUGCUGAACUCCUGGGUUUGGACAAAAAUGCCCUUGAUUUCAGCCCAGUCGAAGAGAGCAAAGCAGAGGCGGCCUCUCUGGUGUCAUGGCUGAGUUCCAUUGACAUGAAGUACCAUAUCUGGAAGCUGGGAGUUGUUUUUACUGACAACUCCUUUCUCUACCUUGCCUGGUAUACAACCAUGUCAGUCCUGGGCCACUACAACAACUUCUUCUUCGCUGCUCAUCUGCUGGACAUCGCAAUGGGCUUCAAGACACUGAGGACUAUUCUGUCAUCUGUAACUCACAAUGGCAAGCAGCUGGUUCUGACUGUCGGUCUCCUGGCCGUGGUGGUUUACCUCUACACCGUGGUGGCCUUCAACUUCUUCCGCAAGUUCUACAACAAAAGUGAAGAUGACGAUGAGCCCGAUAUGAAGUGUGACGACAUGAUGACGUGUUACCUGUUCCACAUGUACGUGGGAGUGAGAGCCGGAGGAGGCAUUGGCGACGAAAUUGAAGACCCUGCUGGUGACCCUUAUGAGAUGUACCGCAUUGUCUUUGACAUUACCUUCUUCUUCUUCGUCAUUGUCAUCUUGCUGGCCAUCAUUCAGGGUCUUAUUAUUGAUGCUUUUGGAGAGCUAAGAGACCAGCAGGAACAAGUGCGAGAAGAUAUGGAGACGAAAUGUUUCAUCUGUGGGAUCGGCAAUGACUAUUUUGACACGAUUCCUCAUGGCUUUGAAACACACACCUUACAAGAGCACAACUUAGCCAACUAUUUGUUCUUCCUGAUGUAUCUGAUUAAUAAAGAUGAAACAGAACACACGGGUCAGGAAUCUUACGUCUGGAAGAUGUACCAAGAAAGGUGUUGGGAUUUCUUCCCAGCUGGUGACUGCUUUCGGAAACAAUAUGAAGAUCAGCUUGGAUAAAUCAGAAUGAAAGAAACUCCACAAUUCUGGACAGUCAACUUCCAGGGAACUAAAUCCUUUUUACAGUUCUGCAAAAUAUUUGAAAUGUGACCUAUUCUAAAUGCCUCCCUUACAAGAGGAAGUGUUUGUUACAAUUGUAUUUUGGGAUUGAUUUGGCUUUUUGUGCCUAAUGGACAUAUCCCUGGGGGAGACAACCUAUCAAAAUGUUGAGAGAUGGCAAAAAAUCAAGGAAACUGUAGUUGAGAAUACCUUCAAGUUUUUCAGUUCUAAUGGAACUAAGUUGUUGCAAUGAUGUCAUUGAGGAAAGGACUAGAAGUAUGAAGUCUUCAAUGCACAAUACUGAAAUUUUAAACACUUGAGUAUCACAUGACAGUAUCCACUAGUGACUCAUGGUCUGAACUACAAAAAAAUCAUUUUAACUGCAGUCAGAUUUCUCCCAUGGUACUUGCUAGUGAAUGUAUUCAGAAUCAGCUUGAAAAGCUUUAAGCAGUUAAAGAAAUAGAAAAAAACACCCAACACGUUGUCGACACUGAAAUAUCGAUUAAGUGCCUUAAAAUCUCUUUAGAUAUAGCUAUGCAAAUUUUUUAUGUUUCUGUUCCAGACGGACAGUUCCAUUAAUGAGUUGUGUUGAUCUUCCGUCUUUAUGAAACCGCACUUGAAGGUUAUUCCUAUCAUUUUUUUCAGUAACAGCUUGUCAACUGCUGUUAUUAGAAGUACUGUACUGAAAAUCCAGAAAAAUUUCAAUCUUAUGCCAAAUUGAGUACUGCUUUAUGGUUCCCUUGUAAGUACUGGAGCUGCUGUGUUUAGGUGAAUCUCCUUACGUCAAAGGAAGUACCCACUGCAAUAAAGUAAUACACACCAA